CCUUCCCCACAAGUUCCAUCCGUAGCCAUGUUGGCUCAAGCGUUUCACCGAUCAAGUGGGGAUCGUCCUGAGCCUCCCCCCUGCGGGCUCAAGACAUUUUGUCCGUUCGAUGCCUGUCAUACCCGAUGAUUGGGCGUCGGUGCCCGGAGGUCCUGAUGACCGCGCUGUGCCAUUGAACGACGUGGGCAACGCGAGCGGUGUGAGGAAUGAAGGCUUUACGAGGCUGCACGAGACCGUGAAGAAAACCUCCGCGAAGCUGCACGAGACCGUGAAGCGCAACAAAGGCGUCGCUGCGUUGAUCGGAGCGUUGCUCGUCGUGCUCGUCUUGCUCGUCGUGGUGUGGCUGCAGUUAUAUGUGUUACAGCGGCAUGCAGAUGCUGUGGGUCCCCCCCGCAGGCCGCACGGAGCUUCUCCGGAGAGGGCGCCAGGCGAGACUGGCAGCGCCUGGGCAAAGUUCCCGAGCGGGAUGCCAGAGCGCUGCCAGCUGCAGCACCUCGACAAGCCGCGCCAGCUCCACAUGGCGAGCACCCCGGGCCAGUCGUCGAAGUCGUUCAAGGUCGAGCACGUUGACGAUGGGAGCGUGUCGCUGAAGACUUCGCGCGGCCUCUACCUGGUAGCCCACAGGGAGACCAGGAACAUCCUCCUGCAGAAAGACAUCAUGGGCAAGAAAAACAGCUCCGAGGACUCGGUCGUGGACGGCCACUUCACGGCUUUUCAUCAGGGGGAAUGCCAGGUGUCUCUGAGAACCUCCAGCGGUUACUUCGUCAGCGCUUUGGGAGAUGGUAUGCUUGAUGCGAGCUACCUGAAGGUAGGCGCGAGGGAGAUCUUUGAUACUUGCCUAAAUCCAGAUGGUACUGUCGCUUUGCGCAUGUGGGAUGGUACGUAUUUGGAUGCGGAGCAGCUAAUGCAGAGAGAUCACAGGUACGCGGUUGCUUCCAGUGAGGUAUUUUCUUCAAAGGCGUUGUUCAGAACGCUCGCACGUGGCAAGGGUGAAGUAGCUUUGGCUUCUUGGUACGGUACCUAUUUGUCGGUUGACCCGGAUGGCACCAUCACUGCGAAUUGCACAAACAUCGAGAGGUCAGAACGGUUUACCAUUGAACACGUUUCGGGGGACCCACUUCUCAUCGCAUUAAAGACGUCGUCCGGCAAAUAUGUUGAAAUAGCGAAUAGAAGAGUUGUGGCUACUUCGAAGAAGACUUCGACAUGCGGUACGUUUAACAUCAGUGAGACAUCUGGUAGUUACAUGGGCCUCAAAAGUUGUCACCUGCAUAUCUCGGUGGAGAGAGUCCCAAUUUAUACAUUCCUCGGAUACCGUGCCGUGUCGUCAGAUGACAAGUUCCAGUUAAAAAAUGUGAAUAUCGGUAAUCUUGCUGGAGUAAUGUGGUACCUGCACAAUGAGGUAGUCGUUGAAACGCCCAAUAAAUUUGGUAUUUCCCGUAUCGUCCGAGCCCGGUUCAGGGUAACAGCUCCGGACAAGCUGUUAUCAAUCGGGAUGCAUUUUGGCGUGCGGUUUUCUUACGAUGCUGGAAUGUGUAAUGGCUUUGGCGUAGGGCAAGACUUACAGGGCAAAGGCUCAUGCGAUCCGUUCUACAAGAAAUAUGGUUUCUUCGUGGGCUGUAACUACCUGAACCACUUCCCGUUCCCAAUGCCAUCUCAGGGGUACCCGAACCAUUAUCGUGGAGCUCGAUGGUAUAGCCUACCUGCUGAAUCUUUUUGCGGGGAGGGCGAUAUCGUUCCUACAGGCGAACCAGACUGCAUCUACAGUUACGAGCUCGCAGGGGAAAUCGACAUUUCUGAAUUGGCAGGCAUUAAGGACUACGAUGCAUUCAUUCGCCAGGGAGGGCGCGAGUACGAAAGAGCCCCAGACGUCGGCAAGUCAUGCGGAUUCUGGGACCAGAAGUUUAGCACGGACCACUGCGACGAAAGGCUCAAAGCUGCCAGGCACAUGUUCGCUAAGAAGCACCCUGACACGCCCCAGGACGAGCUCGACGACCAGGAGCCGCCGUGCGAUUUCGACUGCUACCGCUUCUACGACGGCGACCCGCCGGACCUCUGCAACGAGACGUUGCAGGCCGAGGUCGCAGCAGGGACGCAUCCGAUGUCGGCGCCCGAAUGGACGUGGGACUACGGCAUGAACGUCUCGGGGGUCUGAGGCCACUUGCCGUAGGUGGCCGCAGCAUGUCGCUGCCUGGCGCAGGCGCCGUCGUGAUCAAGCGCCCGACGGGGCGCGACCGGGCCGGCUUUAAAGGCGGGCGCCGCGCGUUGAUUGACGGGGCUCCCAGCAUAUCCCAUUGGCAUCGUUCGGACAUGUGCAUUUUUUCUCGGCCAGGACCAUCGAUGAGAGUUGUUGCUCACCCUGCGAAAACAUGC